AACAAAGUUUUAGAGGGAAUGGAUUUUUUAAGAACAAUUAUGCCACCGGAGGCUGUCGAUUAUUUUGAUACCACGUAUGUCCAUGGGUCUUACAGAAGUGUUCAGCAUAAUCCGAAUAAUGGUAUCAGACUUCGAAAUAUUUCACCGCUCUAUCCACCAUCAAUAUGGAAUGUCUAUCAAACUACCCUUGAUAAUGGACAUCGAACUAACAACGUAACACAAGGGUGGAACCAUCGUUUUUCAAAAUUAUGUUUUAAAUGCCACAACAUGAAGUCUACAGCAAAACCAGAUUAUGACAGAAGAUUCCAAGAAGAUCUUGAAAAAGCCCAAGCUUUAAGUUUGGAAACCUUGGCUCUUGAAGAGUUUCGAAACCAAAAGUUAAAAUCUGAAUCUUCAACAUGCAGUGAAAAAGCUGUAGUAUCGACAUCUACAUUUCAGACACGUUCAAUGUCUAUUACAGAAAAAACAGUUAACUGUAAUGACUUAUCUAGAUCACGGCCUAGACCGGGAUCGUUUAACACAGGUGAACCAUUAUUACCACGUAUAAAACCACCACCACGCCGUAAUACUACAGUCAUUCCAAAAAGUUGUACUAAUGAUUCAAUCAAAGAUUUAUUUAGCCUUGACUCACCACCAAUCAAUGAUCUCAUGAACAAUUUGGAACCAUUUAAUUUUUUAGAUGGGAAUAAAAAGCCUCAUACCAGUAGUAGUAACUCAGCAUUCCAGAAUCUAAGUGUUAAUACAAACACGCCAAAUGUUAGUUCAAACCAAAAUCAAUUUAGUGGGUCACAUGAUCUUAAACAAAACUUAGAUGAAUUGUACCAAGGUUAUUUCUCUCCAAACAAUUUUACUGGAUAUCCUACUGGUUACCAAAUGACAGUUCCUCCUCAAACCUUCUGGCAAGGGCAGACCAUCAGUAGCUGGUCUUCAAAUAAUGUUACUCAUACUCAACAAUUUACAAGCAGUGCAAAUAAUAUGCAAACACAGACUUCACUAGUUGGGAUGAAACCAGAAAUUUUUGCUCCAAAUCUCAUAAAAAAACAAAACAACAAUAAUCUCAUUGAUUUGAACUUUUUUGAUAGUAAAGAAAAUCCCAAGGAAAAAUUUUCAAAUGUUAGGACUAGUGUUCUUGAAGAUUUUGACCCACUUCUCCAUGGACAAUCACACAUAAGUUCUACUGAAGAGGAAGACCAAAUCGAUAAAAGCGAGUCUUUAUAUGCUACAUAUGACCCGUUUGAUUAUAUGUAUUCUCCAUCGGUCUCUUCUCAAUCAUCAGAUCCAAUUUAUGCUGCUGUUAUAAAAACACCAAUCAAUUCACCUCCACCAUUACCACCUAGAAGUUCUUUGACUCCAAAAGAAUCAAAAGCAUGCAAGAGUUUAACAUAUGAAAAUGUUGGUCUAGUAAAACGACCUUCUGUGUUUUAUGAUCCUGACAUGGAAGCAUUUCAUAAGAUGGUCAAGGAAGUUAGAAGAAAAUUUAUUUAUACUGAUCCAAGCACAAAUGAAGGUAUAGUAGUGUGUUCAAAAUUUGAAAACAACCUGCAUCAGAACACCAGUACUAAAUUUAUAGUUCACUGUGAACCAAUCAAGAAAACACCAAUUAUAUUUACUUGUGAUGUCGGAAGUAGUGUUGAACACGUCAUAUCACAUGUAAUUUGUGAAUUAGAUUUGGAAGAUGCGCAUCCUAGUGAUUAUUUUCUUAAAGUAAAACAAUUUUCGGAAUAUAUGCUGCCCAUGAAUACUCCAGUCAUUAAUUUUGAAUUUGUUCAUGAAUGUAUUAAACUUGAUAAAGAUGUCGAACUCGCACUUUUUCAUAAGAACGAUGUUGUUCAUAUUUAUGCUAGACAGGCUCAAGACGAUAUUCAUGAUAAUGAAUUGGGGUUGAGUGAUUUGUGUCCUAACGAACCAUCUCAGCCGAUCACACAUGAUACUUUGAAAAUCCUUCUUGAUACACUUGAUGGCGAAAUCCUUAAAAUUCAAGAUCAUGCUGUAUCUCUUUUUAAAAAGCGAACUAAAACACCAUUACAGCCUACCGGUGUUCAACAAGCAGUGAAAGCGUUAAUUGCUUUCUUAGGCAAUAUUGAACCAUUAGACAUCACUUUGACAUUAAAUAAUUUUGUUUUGUCGUGUAAUGAAAUUUCAAAUGUUAUACAGGAUGUGUAUGGUUCGCGAACUGAAGUGAUUUCAGAUGAUGGCUCAGAUUAUUCUGUUGUUAGGUUGAAAUUCAAUGAGACUGAAAAAGUAGAUCAUAUUACUGAUGUGUGUUUAAAAAUAAAAGAAAAUGUGCAAACAUUAAUUGAAAAUUAUUGUAAAGCUUUCAAAGUUGAUUUCCAGUUAAAUUUUAACUCUUCACAAUUAACAGGGACUAAAUUGUCUUCAAAAAUACCAGAUAAUGUUGUGAUAUACGUAAGUUGUUUGCAUCGAUUAUUUUCUUCAUGGAGUCAUGAUGAAUAUUUAAUUGCUGCUCAAAUUUAUCACGGUACAAGACCGAUUGGCAAUACAGUGCUUUCCAAAGCUGUUACAGCUGAGCAUUCAAUUUACAAGCGUGUUGUUUUUGAGUCUUGGUUGGAGUUUGAAAAUAUGAGUUUAUGUUUGUUACCAAGAGAGAGCCGUUUGGUUUUAGUUGUGUAUGGCAGAACAUUUAACACAGAAGGUCAAGAUACUUCAGCCACUGUUUCUCAAACAGAACUUGGAUGGGGUUCUAUACAGUUUUUUAAUGUUGAAGGAGAAUUUUCUCAAGGUAAACAUUUGUUAUCACUUUGGCCUCCAUGUGCCGAUAAACGCCUUGGUCCAGCACCAUCACCUGGUACACACCCAUAUAGCCAUUCACACCCUGUUCUUAGUAUUGAAAUCCAAGAGUUUGAUUUUAAAAUAUUUUUUCCUCCUGAGUUUCAAGAUAAUCAUAUAAUUAAAAGUGAAAGUUAUGAUUUUACAAGUUUAGACUUAAAUACUCAAGAACAGUUAUUACAUAUCAUUUAUCAAGAUACUUUCACUAGACCAUUGUCAGAAGAUAGAGAAGUUUUGUGGGAAAAGAGAUACUAUCUUUUAUCAAAGCCUAUUGCCUUACCUAAGGUAUUAUUAGCCGCUCAUAGUUGGGAUUAUGCAUGUUUGGCUGAUCUGCAUUCAAUGCUCAACUCUUGGUCACCCAUUGAACCUUUAGAUGCAUUACAGUUAUUCUUACCAUGCUUCCCUGAUAAUGAAGUGCGCCGUUUGGCUGUCAAACGAAUAAGAUUAUUAAGUAAUGAUCAAUUAAUUGAUUUUCUUCCUGAACUGGUUCAGGCCAUAAAGCAUGAAACUUAUGACAAUUCUCCUUUGGCUGAGUUUUUAUUAGAGAAAGCUCUGUCAUCACCUACUAUUGCUCACAAUCUUUAUUGGUUUCUCAUUCAGCCACUUCCAGGACAAUCGCCUCAGAAUUCUUAUGACAUUCAUAGUCCUGAUGAUAAAACAGUGAGUGAGUCUCGGUAUUAUAGAAGAUUGCAGUUAUUGUUGAGGGCAUUGAUAGCAACUUGUGGUGAAGCUCUUAGAAAGUGUUUUUUGUCUCAACAGCUUUUAAUGAAGGAAUUAUAUGAUACUGCAGAAAAUGUUAAAGCCAGCAAAGAAUCUCAUAGACUUAAAGUUCUGAUCCAGGAUUUAACUAAUAUUGACCAAAGUUUAAAGGAUAUUCCCACUUGUUUACCCCUCAGUCCAAGUAUGCAAAUUUGUGGCAUACAAAUUAAGUCAUGUUAUUAUUUCCCUUCAAAUACUUUACCAUUGAAAAUAAAUUUUAAUUGCUUGGAACCAAAUGUCUCAAUUCCAGCUAUUUUUAAGGUAGGUGAUGAUUUACAACAAGAUAUGUUAACUAUUCAGAUUAUUAGAUUAAUGGAUAAAUUAUGGCUAAAAGAAGGACUAGACCUAAAAAUGGUAACAUUCGCUUGUGUUCCAACGGGUGAAAAGAGAGGUAUAAUUGAAAUGGUUACAAAUGCAGAAACUUUAAGAAAAAUACAAAUUGAAUUAGGAUUAACUGGUUCAUUUAAAGAUAGGCCUAUAGCCGAAUGGUUGGCAAAACAUAAUCCAUCUGCUCUGGAAUAUGAGAGAGCAGUUGCAAAUUUUACAGCAUCAUGUGCUGGAUACAGUGUUGCUACAUAUAUUCUCGGAAUAUGUGAUCGUCACAACGAUAACAUAAUGAUGAAGACUACUGGACAUCUGUUUCACAUUGAUUUUGGAAAAUUUUUAGGAGAUGCACAAACAUUUGGGAACUUUAAAAGAGAUCGAACUCCAUUUGUUUUGACUUCUGAUAUGGUAUAUGUGAUAAAUGGUGGUGAUAAACCAUCUACAAAGUUUCAGCAUUUUGUUGACACAUGUGUUCAGGCAUUUAAUAUUGUCCGCAAACAUGGGAAUUUGUUAUUGAAUUUAUUUGGACUGAUGGCGUCAUCUGGAAUACCUGGUGUUACAAUGGAUGCCGUGAAUUAUGUACAAAAAGCUCUUCUCCCAGAAUUGUCUAAUCCAGAAGCAGCCGCUUCUUUUGCUCGCAUGAUUGAAAAUUCAAUAAAAUCUCGUUUUACCCAAUUUAAUUUCUUCUUACAUAACUUGGCACAAAUGCGAUUCAAUAAUGAGCAAAAUGGAACUGAAUUAUUAAGUUUUGUUCCAAAAGUAUACACUAUGGCACAAGAAGGAAAAAUUGUUUGUGUUGAAGUGUAUGGAUGUCAAAAGCGAUAUGAUCCUGAAAAAUAUUAUGUGUACAUUUUAAAAGUUUUUCGAGAAAAUCAAAGGGAUCCUUCAUAUCUGUUUAGGUCCUAUAAAGAAUUAUCAGAAUUCCAACAAAAAUUACUACUAUUAUUUCCUUUAGCAAAAUUUUUAAGUUUAUUGAAUACUAGUAUUCAUAUGGGACGAUCACAUAUUAAACAAGUAGCCGAAAAAAGACGUGUGGAAAUACAAAAUUUUUUAAACACAUUAUUUCAAAUGGCUCCUGAAGUUAGCCAUUCGGAUUUGGUAUACACUUUUUUCCAUCCACUCUUAAGAGAUCAACAAGAGGCCAGUAUUGAAGAUACUAAACUCAAAGAACCAAAGCAACAAGGUUAUGUCAGAGAAAAUCGUAUAUUAGGUCAAUUAAAAUUGACAUUACAUUAUCAGCGUGGUGCAUUUAUGAUCAUGGUACACCAUGCAAAAGACUUGCCGCGCAUUGCAGGAAAUCAGGAACCAUCAACAUAUGUCAAAGUGUAUUUGUUACCUGAUCAUAACAAAGCAACUAAACGUAAAACAAAAGUUGUUAAAAAAAAUUGUUAUCCAUCGUUUAUGGAAAUGUUGGAGUACAGAAUGCCAUUAGAUGUGGUCAAGUAUAAAAUUUUGCAAGCCACUGUUUGGAGUCACGACUCAUUACAAGAAAAUGAAUUUUUGGGUGGCAUUAUCAUAGAACUCCAUAACAUUGAUUUAAAUUCGGAGACAACAUCCUGGUACAAUUUGUCAAAUGUUCACAGGUGACAGUAUGGUGUUUUUUAAUAGUUCGACAAGUUUCGGCCAUUGUGAUGAGUUUUUGUUAUUUUUUAUCUUUUACAAAAUAUAAUUGUUUUUUGGUACUAAAACAAUAAUAUUUUUAAAAAUUCCGUAGUUAAUUUGUUAUUCAGAUGUUUAAUCUUAACAUUGAUAAUGUAUUACUUCUUAAUAUGCAAAUUAUUUGUUGGUACUAAAAUUGCAUUUUGGUGUUGGGUUCAACUUCACUUCCUGUUCUUAUUUUAUGUUAUCGUGUAUUGAGCAAUAUUAAAUUUUAUAAUUAUAACUUCCACUGUUGAUCAUAUUUUUUUUUUGUAAUUAUGGUUAAUAAGUAAUUGUCUAAUUAUAUAUUUGAAUUUUAAAGUAUAUCGAGCUUUGAAUUUGAGGUAUAUUGUUAAAUAAGACAUACCUUCUAUUCAUCAUUAUUGUUAUUUUAUUCUCAAAAAUUAUUGUACCGCUAUAAUAGAAGAAAAACAUUUCGUAGUAUGUAAUAUUUAUUUUUCCACUAACCUAAUUGAAUAAUUUUGAGUUUUGACUGGUUUAAAGUGGUAGACUUAGUAAAUUUUUUAUUUUUUUGUACAUACUCUUAUGAUUUUCAUCACAGCAUUUAUCAUACUAAGAUAUUUUUAUCACUGUGUAUCAGCUUUAUCAUCCUCUUAUCGGCUGUUGUUUUUUUUUUUUAAAAGUUGACUAAUAAUUUGUCUAAUCUUCUUGUGAUUGUUUUUAGUUUAUUUGUCAUUAUCAAAUUUAUUUGUUUUGUAUUUGUAUGGUUUAUGUUUAUAUUAAUUUAUAUUUUUACUUUUAUUAUUAUACAUACUCAUGCAUGGUUAAUUAUUUAUCUUUUAUCUUAUAGUAAAAUUAAAGUGUUUCGUAAAAUAAGCAAUUUUAACAAAACAAAUUCCAUACAUACUUAUUUAUACAUAUAUACAUAUUAUAUGGUAUGUGCAGUCGAAUUUAAUAUAUUAACACAGUAACUUGUGUUAAAAUAUGCAUGGUUCAUCAUAUAGUUGGCAAGAAUAAUUAUUUCGGUAUCUUAUUUUGUUAUUUUUUAUAAUAAAUAAUGAUUAAACUACUCAUAUGAUCAUAAAUCAACUAUUGAGAUUAUUCAAUUAUUAUUCAAUCAUUCUUACUAUUUUUGACGAAUAUUAAUAAUGUCUGUGGCUGAAAUCAUAAAGUAAUGUGAGAAAAUGAAUUUUAUUUUUUUAAAUUUUAAUCAUUAAUUAAAUAUAUUAAAAUAUAUUAAAUUAACAUUAUUUUAAACUCUUUAUCAUUGAUUUCACACUUUUCCGUUUGUAAACAUUAUAUUUUCUUGUUUUUGUUUUAUCGUUGUGUUAUUCUAUUAAUUUAUUAAAAUUAUGUUUCAGCAAAAUCCUUAUUUAAAAUUGUAACAUACUAUUUUUUUUUUUUUUUUAUUUUGUUAUCAUAUGUAUAACAUCUUAGGCAAUAUAUUUUACAUCUUUAUCAUUGACCAUUCUACCAAAUUGAGUGUUUGACUUACAGGCAACAUUAAAACAAAAUAAGACUGAUAAUAUGUUAAUACAUUUUGAUCAUUUUUUUUUUUAUACUUUUUAAAUUUUAUCUAAAACCAGUGAUUUAAUCUAAUUAUUUUACUAUUGAGUUAUGUUAAUGUUUGAACUGUUUAUCAUUACGUGUAAUGUGUAUAUCAUUGCAAGUUAUUAUUGAUACAUUUGCUAGAUUUUUAGCAGCAGCUGUUUAAAAGCAAUCUCUUUUUUGUUUUUGUAUUAAUAUUUACUUUAAUAAUGUACAAUUCAGGUUAUAUUGUAACAAUGGAGACCGAUCAUUUUAUUAUUCAGGGUGUGUGUAUUUUAUUUCAUUGCUACUUUUUGUGUAAAAAUAAAAAACAUAAUAAUAUGAUAUAAAUAUAUUUUUAUAAAAAAUAAAAUUAAGAUCUAAAUAUUCAGUUUAGAGAUAACAUUCAUAUAAUAUUAUUUAUUAAUUUAUUAUCCAAUAUCAAUUUCACUAUUAUCAUAUCGUAAUGGACAUUUUUAUAUACUUUUUUAUUUUUUAAUAAUUUUUAUUAUUGAUUACGUAUUUUUUUUUUGUUUGUUUAUUUGGUAUGUUUAUGUUGUAAAGAAAUAAGAAUUUUAUUGUUGCUUGUAUAAUUUAAGACUUAAAUGUUUUUUUUUUUUAAAUUGUUUGUGUGGCUGUAAUAGCUUUUUAGAUUUAAAUUUAAAUGUAAUCUAAAAUAUUAUAUUUGUAUAAUAAACUAAUUAAUUGUUUAUUCUCAUUUUAAACACUUUUGAAUAUUUGAUGUAUUGUUUUGUAAAUAAUUAUUAAAAAAUUAAAAAUAAAGAAUUGUGAAUGAUGAUUAGGUUGAGAUAUUACUAUGUACUAUGAAUGGAAAAGAUUCUAAAAAUAUUUUAAUAAAAUAUUCACUAUGGCAUUAUA